CAAAGUAUAAACAUUUUAUGCGAGAAACACGCUCGAGAAUCAUGCCCAGCAGUCAUACCAAAUACUGUACAAUUGGAGCUUGAAUUUCACUAUUUUAACACUGAAUUUAUGUGCCUGUGAUAGCAAUACCAAGAGCAAACACAACCACCAUGGCUUCUUCUCAUCUUCUCUGCAAUACUUUUCCCAUUCAAACAUCUUGCAAUCUCUCAAGUAAAAGCAACAUCUCUUCAUUUAAGCCAAGUGGAUCCUUUUCUUUUUGUCAAAAACUUCAAUUUCAAAGGACCCCAGUUGUGAAAGCCACAAGAAAACAAGUAGAGCUGGUGUAUGAUCCUGAUGGAAGGGUAAACAAGUUGGCGGAUGAGGUGGAUAAACAGGCUCCUCUCUCAAGGCUCACUCUUUUCUCACCUUGCAAGGUUAAUGUUUUCUUGAGAAUAACCAGUAAGAGAGAAGAUGGGUAUCAUGAUUUGGCAUCUCUAUUUCAUGUGAUUAGUCUCGGAGAUGUAAUUAAGUUCUCUUUGUCACCAUCAAAAAGAAUUGAUCGAUUAUCAACCAAUGUGUCUGGUGUACCUCUUACUGAAGAUAAUUUGAUAAUUAAAGCCCUUAACCUUUACAGGAAAAAGACUGGCACUGACAAUUUCUUUUGGAUUCAUUUAGACAAAAAGGUGCCCACUGGAGCAGGACUUGGUGGUGGGAGCAGCAAUGCCGCUACUGCCCUGUGGGCCGCAAAUCAAUUCAGUGGCUGUCUUGCUACUGAGAAGGAACUCCAAGAAUGGUCAAGUGAGAUUGGUUCAGAUAUCCCUUUCUUUUUUUCUCAUGGAGCAGCCUACUGUACUGGCCGUGGUGAGAUUGUUCAAGAUAUUCCUUCACCAGUAUCUUCAGGCAUUCCAAUGGUUCUCAUGAAGCCCCCGCAGUCAUGUUCAACAGCAGAAGUUUACAAGCGCUUUCAAUUGGAUAAAACCAGUCAAGCUGAUCCUUUAACAUUGCUGGAGAAGAUCUCAAGGAAUGGAAUAUCUCAAGAUGUCUGUAUCAAUGAUUUGGAACCUCCUGCCUUUGAAGUUCUCCCCUCUCUCAAAAGAUUAAAACAGCGUAUAGCUGCAGCUGGUCGUGGACAAUAUGAUGCUGUUUUCAUGUCUGGAAGUGGAAGCACAAUAGUUGGGAUUGGCUCACCAGAUCCUCCGCAAUUUAUAUAUGACGAAGAUGAGUACCAGGAUGUUUUUGUGUCAGAAGCCAACUUCCUUGCUCGUGAAGCAAACCAAUGGUAUCAACAACCUGCUUCAGCAACUUGUAGCUCUCCACCCGAAUUUUCCCCGUCUGUUGAGUGAAUUAUUCUCUUGUAUAAAACAAUGGUCACAUCUGAAUAAUUGUAUCAUUCAUUGAGGUGCAACUUCGAAUUUUCGCUGCCUCUUUUCUGCUGUGAGUAGUCUUCACAAUUUUUGUUAAUCAGAACGAAUAAUAGCAAAUGCUAGGUGGUUGGAUAGGGAAAGAUAUCCAAGCAAUUUCGAGUCAAAAUCUUGCUGUAGUUACAACUGUAAUACCUUUUUCUGAAGCUAUGUAGCUGGGAAUAAAGAAAGCUUUAGACA